AUGUGUCAGCACGAUCUUCAUCAGUUCCUCUGCGCCCUGCCGAAGGUUGAGCAGCACAUCCACCUUGAAGGUUCUCUAGAGCCAUCACUCGUCUUUGAACUUGCCAAGCGCAACAACACACCUCUUCCCACCGACGACCCAGCAUAUAGAGACAUUGAUUCGCUUUCAGCUCGCUAUCGCAAAUUCACAAGCCUCGAUGACUUUCUACAUUACUACUUCAUCAAUAUGAGUACGCUCAUCCACGAGGUUGACUUUGAGGACUUAGCAUAUCGGUAUUUUCAGAAGGCGCAUUCGCAGAGGGUGAUACACGCGGAGGUGUUCUUUGACCCGCAGGCUCAUACGAGUCGUGGCGUCGAGUUUUCUACGAUCGUGAAUGGGUUCAAGAAGGCUCGGCAGCGAGCGAAGGAAGAAUUUGGCCUCACUAGUGGACUGAUUGUAUGUCUUCUCCGUCACAUCCCGCCUGCAGAUUGUCACAAGGCCUAUAUCCAGGCUCGUCCUUACCUUGAAAGUGGCGAGGUUACAGGACUAGGACUGUCUAGUACAGAGCUAGGAAAUCCGCCACAUUUGUUCAAAUCGAGCUAUGACGAUGCAAAAGCAGCUGGUUUCAGGUUGACCGCCCAUGCUGGUGAAGAGGCAGACGUGAGCUAUAUGCGCUCUGCCGUCGAAGACCUGCAUUGCACACGCAUCGACCACGGAAUAAAACUGCCUAAAGAUCCUGACUUGCUGUCUCAAUUCGCGAAGGAAAGGAUUCUUGUUACGCUAUGUCCACUGAGUAACGUCGAACUACGUUGUGUGAAAUCAGUGUCGGAACUACCAAUACGACAAUAUCUUCAGAGUGGUGUUCCGCUUAGUAUCAACAGUGACGAUCCGGCAUAUUUUGGUGGAUAUAUACAGGAAAAUUAUUGUGCAGUCCAGGAAGCAUUCGAAUUGAGUAUAAACGAUUGGCAGGGCAUCGUGCAGGGCAGUAUCGAACUGAGUUGGUGUGGGCAGGAACGAAAGGAGGAGAUGUCGAAGGAAUUGGCAGGCGCGAUGGAGAUAUGCGUGCAGUGA